UGUUGCCCCAGCUGGGAGCUGGCAGAGCAUAGGGGGGCAGCGCCACGCCGUAGUUACACAGCACGUGGCAAGGGUGCGGCUCACACCCUGGGCUGGGUACCGCAAAGCGCACAGAACAGUCAGCGCCCUGCUCUCAGGGGACAGGCCCGACGGGGGUCUCGGGGUCCUGGAAAGGACCCAAGCUGGCUGCCGUGUCUUGCAGGCAGAAAAGCCCUGAUUGUGUUGGCCCACGAGGAGACAGCCUCCUUCAACCACGCCAUGAAAGAUGCGGCCGUGGCAGUGCUGCAGGAGGCCGGCUGGAGCGUCACUGUCUCGGACCUCUACCAGAUGAAAUUCAACCCCGUGCUAUCCCGGAAUGACAUCAUGGGGGAGCCAAGAGACCCCAGCAACUUCAAGUAUGGUCCUGAGACCGCCUGGGCCUGGGAGGAAGGGCGGCUGAGCAGCGACAUCGGCGCCGAACAGAAAAAGCUGGAAGCUGCCGACCUUCUGAUAUUCCAGUUCCCCCUCUACUGGUUCGGCAUGCCUGCCAUCCUGAAGGGCUGGUUUGAUCGGGUGCUCACACAAGGAUUUGCCUACUCCCUUGCCAAGAUGUACCAACAGGGGCCCUUUCAGACGAAGAAGGCCUUGCUCUCCUUCAGCACGGGCGCGACCAGCCGCAUGUACAGCCCUGCGGGCGUCAACGGGGACAUCAACGUGCUCCUCUGGCCGCUGCAGAACGGCAUUCUCCAUUUCUGUGGCUUCCAAGUCUUGGAGCCCCAAAUCGCCUAUGGCAUUAGUCACGUUCCCGAGGGCGCCCGUUUGCAGAUCCUGGAGGACUGGCAGAAGCGCCUGGCCACUAUCUGGGAGGAGCAACCCAUCAGUUUUGUUCCACACAGCAGCUUUGAUCUGAGCUUCAAGGGGGGCUUCGUGCUGAAAGAAGAGGUGCAGGACCACCAGAAAGCUCAGAAAUACGGGCUGAGUGUGGGGCAGCACCUGGGCAAGGCCAUCCCACCCAACAGCCAAGUCAAAGCCCAGAAGAAAUAGCUUCCUCCAGGGCCCAGUGGGCUCCGAUCUGGUGUCGUUCUCUGUGCGCUCUGCCACUUGGUCAAUACAGGGCAGGUCUCUUGGCUUUACUCUA